AUGUCGCCGCAGCUUGAGGAGGUCGUGCAACUCCUCAACGACUUUCCGGACGAGCAGACGGCCCUCGCGCAAGCUAUGCGCGUCGAAGGCUCGCUGCCUGGACCAGAAGACGGCAUCUGGGCGACUUCAACGCAGCAGAAGCUGCUGUCGGAAAGCCUUGAGCGACUCACCUUGCUUGCUACGCCGCCAGCGUACUUGGGAGACGACGACGAGGACCUCGACGCCGCAGCUACGUUGGCGAAAGAGCGCUUCUUGCGAAACGUCCGGUCACUCUCGCAACUCGCACAAUCGCUAUCGAGGCGUCUCACGCAACCCUCGGAACCGGUGGCACGAGAUGAGCUGGACUUGCGGGUAAGGCUCAUUCUGUCCUUCGGACGCUUUACGGGACAGUCAGAAGUCGCCGAGGAAGCAUCUUCUGCCGCGCUCUGCGAUGGACUCCUUUCCCGCCCAUACUUCAUCCGUCUACCACUGCUUCGGCACAUCCUCUCCGUCUCGCUUCCUCCCUUCUUCAAGCCUCACCCGAACCUCAACCCGUCGACCGGACGUGUCUUGUCUCGACCGCUUGGCGGAGACAGCGGGAUCCAGCACUGGUACGAGGAGAGCGAGGACGACGCGACAAGCUGGCGGCGGCAGCCUGGACUCGGCGCGGUUGUCGAGCUAGUCAUCAACGCUCUCCAGCCUGGCGAGAUCGAGGAUCUCUGGCCGCUUCUCCUCCCGCCCUUGCUCGCCUACCUCGACGACUACGACGCGAAAAACAAGCUUGUCGGCCUCUCGCUCCUGGACGCCCUGCUCGCCAAGGUGGACGCGAGCCUGUUGCGAAGAACGGGCGUCGGCAAGGUCUUCGAGAAGUCUCUUGACCUCUGCUUCUCCUCCCUCUCCGACCCUCUUACACCCACCCUCCUCGAACGCGCCCACCCCGUUGCCCUCAAGCUCCUCAACCUCCAGUACCCGCAUUUCAAUCCCUCUCGACCCGCCGAAAAAGACGACUCAGCCCGCUUCACCGCCCUCUGCUCGCUCCUUGCCUCGUCCAUCAUCAAAGCCUGGGAGUUCAAGGCCGGAAACGUCGAGGUCGAGUCUGUCUCUUGUCGCGCUCUGCCACCUCUGCUCGACGCACUGGGGAGCGGGACGAUCCGCUACCUCCAGAUUUUGGUCCCGCACUUCGCGGACCUGCUGGCGACGACCGCGACAGCCGGCGGCGGAGGGACUUGGACGCUGGAGACGAUCGCGCUUAUGACGGAAGCGAGCAAGGCUCUCCUGAGUGUCAUUGCGAACGGCAAGCUACGCAUCAAGCGAUGGGAGGGAAGGAUCGGAGGAGCGGUCGCGCAGUGCUGGGUUGGGGUGAACGAGAGUCCUGCGGCGAAGAAGCUGCGGUCGGGUACAGCGGGCGCAAAUUCGAUGCAGGAGCUCGAGGAGGGUCUUCAGAAGGUCAUGGCGGUGCUGGGCGAAGCGACUGGAUCGGAGAAGGCUAUCGCUGAGCGUUUAGAGCGCCUCGACCCGUCCUUCGACCGUAUCGUAAGGCCUACUGUGGGACUUGUGCAAUGA